AAUUAUUGACAUAAUUUCUUUUUUGUUUUUUUUGUUUGGGAAAUUCAAUUACUGAAUAUUUAUUGAAACACAAAUCAAGUUGUUGGCAUUGUUGUUAUAUAUUUUUUAUUGUAGUUUUUUACAAUAAAAGCAAAGCUUAUCAUUGGUGACCUAAGAACAUUAGCUUAGUUUCCUGCAGUUGUUGUUGUUUUUAGCCAUACAUUAGAAAUGUGUACAUUCCGUUGUACACAACACAAGCUGCCACAAAAAAAACCACACGUUGGGAUUUUCGCUCUUUGGUUAAUUUGAACGUAAAUAUGGUCAGUUGAGGCUCCUAUUUGUUUGUGUUCAUAAAAGAUAACAUCAGCAAAUAUAAGCGCCACAAUCAGUGCGGCAUUUAGGAUUUAGCAAUGUCCGAAAUUCGAACGGUCAUAGUAACAAAAGUCUAAAUAGGAAAUUGGAAUUGCACAAACGUGUUCUAUGUCUAUUGAAAGUCAUUAGUACCUUGUAGCUUCACGGAUAAUAUCGGUCUGAAUUGUGAUGUAUAUAUGUUCCUCCUCCAGUCUUUUAUUGUUCUAAAAACUAAGAUCCAUUCUAAAGACCAGCACAAAUGAGCAAGUUUAACAAGUGGUAUAUGUUGCAAAAAAGUCUAUGUGUUUUCUUAAAUAAAACGACCAACCAUGCAUAUCUCAGUUUAUAGUACUGUAGGCUCCAAAAUUUGGGAAAAAGGUCUACAUUCUACAAUUUUUGUGAAUCAAAACGGCCACCAAGAAGGUGCAACCCACAAUCAAUAGCAACUAUCGUUCCAAAAUUGGUUAUGUAAGAGUCGAGCAUAAAAUUGGUUUUGAUCGGGUAACUAGCAAAUUUUCGGUUAUCAGCAAACUUUUACAUAUUUAGAUAAGCUCAAUCGACUCGAUUCCCAGUUUAAGAAGCAAUCUAAAGAAACGACUUCAAGAGUGUCAACGUACGACGCCUUGUGAGAACACUAACCUGACUUUUAAUGCCUUGAAGAUAAAGCAAUUCACGAUGGCUUUGAUAAGCAAUUAACGCAAAUUUUAGAUACCUAAUGGACUAUUAAUAGCAAUAUGCUAUACUUUCUAAAUCGUCUCGGCUGUGCAAACAAAUUCCUGGUGCCUCUGAAGCGUUGCCUGGACUUGAAUUGUGAUUAUUGAUAUAAAUUUAUAACUUUCCGCGGAAGGUGUUAUUUAUUCGAAAAUCGUAGAAGCAGCGGCGUGAAAUGUCUAUAACGUUUUAAAAUCAUGUAUUUCUAUUCCUAAGUUUUUCUUUUUUUAUUAAAGAUGUACUUAUGAGCAGAUCAUGAUGACUUUCAAACUUGAUCUAUAAUAUCCAGCUGAAAACAUGUGCGCCAAGAUUUGGGAAGUCGUAAAAAAAGACGGCUGACGGAAGAAAGGACAAACAAAUGCACAUGAAUAUAAGAAUUCUACUGCUUUUGACUCUCUGAGUGCGAAGCUAGCGAACGUUCAAGGUGUAGGCGGAAUGUCUUAAUACAUUUUGGGGCGCGCACGAAUUACACCUCUAAACUUGUGUAAAGUUUCGAGGACUGUUUUAAUUGUUCAAGCCGUGUUAGCUUAUCUAGACCAAUAUAACUGGCCAAAAGUAUAUAUAAUAACAGAAUGACAAAAUUCCCGAAAAAUUUAAAAAAAGCGGACGAAAUUUUAAUUUGUGGGAUUUAUACGACCUAUAUAAAAUGAGUCUGAAUAUAGCCAGAUCUAAAAAUGAAUUAUAUAAAAUUAUAAAAUUCUGAAUCAACUUUGUUAUUUUCCUGCCGAUUGAAAGCCAUAUAACAUUAAAAAUUAAAAAAAAAAAAAUACGCUAUAAGGGCGCAGCUAUAGAAGCAAAGCUCUUAUAGUUUUUCAAAGAAUACUGAUUUUGUAUUAAAAUUAAUUACGGUUAAAACAAUUUUUUAGAACAAGGCGUUCUUCCCUUUUAAAAGAUUUUAGAUAAAAACUCUUGAACAUAUUUCGAAAUACUCAAUAAAAGUCAAACGACAUGGCAAUACAAAGCAAAAUGUGGGUUUUAAACACCUGUCAGGAAAUUCAACAUCCCUGGACCGAUAAAUGUACUAAUGCGGUAGCCGGUCUUUUGUUGUCCUCUACACCGUAUUGUCUAAAAGUUUAUACUAUGGUUUAUAUGCUCUCCAUGUUAAUGCGUCAUAAAGUACCUACAAAACGAGAUUUGCAUAAAAUGGUUUUAGGUAUUUUACAAUCGACUGCCUUCCUGGUAACUAAUGCUUAUACAUUUACUUUGUUUGCGUGCCUGAUACGAAAUCUGCUCGGCGGAUUUCACAUAUCAACAGUAGCCUUUAUACCUAGUGUCUUAUCCAGUUUUUCUGCAAUUGUUGUGGAAAGACCGAAAAGACGAUCUCUAUUGGCGUUAUAUGUAGCAAAUGUCGCCACAGAGACUUUAUGGAAUAUGGCAGAAGCUAGGGGUUGGGUGAAAUCUAUACCCAACGGUCAAGCUUUGAUAUUUGGUUCAAGCAUUUCGGUACUACUUUAUAUGUACCGUUUGGGCUUACAUCAGAGUAAUACUUGUAAAGAUUCUAUGUUUGAUAUUUUACGUAUAUUUGUGGGUAAGACCGAAGAGGGUCCUUUAAAGUCAUUGCAAACCACAAGUGAAGAAUCAGCUAAUCAAUCAAGAACCCCUAUAAAUCUUAGCAGCAUUAGUGGUUUAGUGCAAAUAUAUUCGAAAUUUCUAAGGGCUAUUAAAGGGAGACAUCAGUGCUGUCCUCACCAGGUUAGCUGUCUGCAUUAUGUCUUGAUGGGCGGACUUAGACCAUUGCUGGGUGGUAUAAGUUUACAAGUGGCCUUAAAAAUUCUGCUAAAUAUCAAAAAUAUUAUACAAAUGAAAAUUAAAUGGCAUAAAAAUAUGUUCACCACUAAAACCUUGAACCUAGGUUUGUUCAUGGGUUGCUUCUCCUUGCUUUAUAAGGCCACAUCUUGCACUUUGAGACAUAGUUUCAACUUUGACGAUGCUCGAUUCGCUAUACCUGCUGGUUUACUGAGCAGUAUAAGUUUUAUUUUUUAUCCAGAUAUAACAGUAGCUUUGUACGUUAUGUGGAAAAUGUUACAGAUAAUCUACAACGUGGGCAUAGAGAAAAAGUACGUCCCUUAUAUGCCAGGAUUUACCAUGAUUUUAUAUACUUUAUGUACGGCAACGCUAUUCCACGCUGGGAUUGUGGAACCUCGCACCUUGCGUGAAAGCUACUUUAAAUUUUUACAAGCCAUAUCCGGGGAAAGAUUUUGCAAAUUCCAAUUAGGUCCAUUGGAUGCCUUUGGUUAUGAUACGGGUCGAGCCACUGAAGAAGUUAGGCAUCGUUUACGUAUUAUAAAUAAAUCACCUUUGCCGAAAUGGUCUUUAGCUGAUUGGUAAAGUGUUAUUAGAAAUUUUAUGUAAAUAAUUUUUUUUAGCAAACAAAAAAAAGAACUGGGUUUGUGUUCUAGAAUCUUUUCAAUAAUAUACAAUUAUAUCAACAUUAAAUGAAUUUAUUCU